AAUUUUCUUUUCUCCACCUUGAAUCUGUGAAAACUAAAAAUAAAAUAAAAAAAUAAUCAAAAUCAUUCUAAAAAAAGAGUUGUUGAUUCGUCAAACGAACGUCGUCUUCUCAGAAUCCAAGGAGCGUCGUAUGGUUUAAGCUUCUCUCGACUUCUCCCAUCGAUCUCUUCUUCCUCCUCCGGCUUCAAGUCGCCGGUGAUUCCGAUUGUACUUGAUCUCCGCUUCGUGAUUCCAAGGAAGAGGCGUUCUGGAUUUCCGGCGAUUUGUGAAGAAUAGUAUUAAUUUAUAGGAAGCUUAUCUCAGAUUGAAGAGGAAAGAUUGAGUUUUGAGAUUGUUGGAGAUUGCAAGUCAUCUCAUUUUGAGGUUUGCUUCAAUCAUUCAUACGACUUUUUGUAGUCUGAGAAAGGUUUUAUCUUAGGUCUCUUUUAGUUGGUUUUGUAAUUGGAGUUUCUUGGAGAUGGAUGAAGAGGCUUCUUCUUGGAUUAGGAGGACUAAGUUUUCUCAAACGGUUUCUCAUCGUCUUGAUUCCUCCAAGUUGUCCUCUCUCUCUUUUAAGUCUACCCAAGAGAAGCUCCCCGGACUCAAUACAACACCUUCCUCAGCUGAUGUAUACGUUGUUGAUUCGGAAGUGCAGAUAAACCCUGUUACCAACAAGCAGAGGUCUGUUUCUCCCUCUCCUCAGACGCCUCUUCCUGAAGUCUUCAAGGAAGCUAAGUCUGAGCGUAAGAGAUUCUCUACUCCGCAUCCAAGAAGAGUGGACUCGGAGAAAGCAAUGAAGCCCAAGUUCUCCCGUAAAGACACCUUUGAGAAGAGGAGAUCGAUCAGCUUGCAGUCCCCUUCAGUUCCCAUCAGAGAUUUAAGCACUCUGAGAAUCCAGGAGAGGGUGAAGACGCAGAGCAAGAAGGACAACACUGGAUGGUCUAAGCUUUUGAGCAAUGGUGGUCGUAAGGUUAGCGCUUCGGAAGCUGCUGAAGAGUACCGUGUUGAUAUGUCGAAGCUGUUACUUGGGCUUAAGUUUGCUCAUGGGUUACAUAGCAGGCUUUACCAUGGGAAGUAUGAAGAUAGAGCUGUUGCUGUGAAGCUUAUCACUGUCCCUGAUGAUGACGAGAAUGGAUGCUUGGGUGCUCGUUUAGAGAAACAGUUUACCAAGGAAGUCACCCUUUUGUCACGGUUGUCCCAUCCUAAUGUUAUCAAGUUUGUGGGAGCGUAUAAAGAUGCGCCUGUAUAUUGUGUCCUCACUGAGUAUUUACCUGAAGGAUCCUUAAGAUCAUACCUGCACAAGCCAGAGAAUAGGUCUCUUCCUUUGAAAAAGCUGAUAGAGUUUGGUCUGGAUAUUGCAAGAGGAAUGGAAUAUAUUCAUUCACGACACGUAGUUCAUCGGGAUUUAAAGCCAGAAAACGUAUUGAUCGACGAAGACUUUCAACUAAAGAUUGCUGACUUUGGGAUUGCAUGCGAGGAGGAGUACUGUGAUAUGUUGGCUGAUGAUCCAGGGACUUAUAGGUGGAUGGCACCUGAAAUGAUAAAACGGAAACCUCAUGGGAGAAAGGCUGAUGUCUACAGCUUUGGACUUCUUUUAUGGGAAUUGGUAGCUGGAGCAACCCCGUAUGAGGACAUGAAUCCUAUUCAAGCUGCUUUUGCAGUAGUUGACAAGAACUUAAGGCCAGUUAUCCCGGGAGAUUGUCCAGCCGCAAUGAAGGCUCUGAUAGAGCGUUGUUGGUCGGUUGCACCGGACAAGAGACCCGACUUCUGGCAGAUAGUGAAAGUGCUUCAACAGUUCGAGGCUUCACUGGAACGUGAAGGGAACUUGAAUCUGGCUUCAAACAAGAUCUGCAAGGACCCUAGGAAAGGUCUGAAACAUUGGAUUCAGAAGCUUGGACCAGUCCACGGAGGCAGCAGCGGCAUUGGUGGCUCGGCGGUCUUGCCUAAGCCUAAAUUCGCUUGAGAGAUGUGUAAGAGUCUCAUUUUGUAAAUUUUAUAUAUAAUAUACAAAAGGGUUUUAUGUUGUCCUGUCCUGUCCUGUUUUUGUGGGUUGUGAUGUGAUCUUUCAUCUCCUCUGGAUGUGUUGUGUAAUGACAAUCAAACAGGGGAAUGGUUUGUAAUUUGAUGUUUAUGGGAUCCAAUAUACUAGUCAAGACUCUUCCCAUCUAUUUCAAUCAUUAAUAAUUUUAUAAGAACA